AUGCUUCAAGAAUUUCAGUUUCCUCAGUCUUUCAUCUCCCUGGUGAUGAAUUGUGUACGAACUCCUAAAUUCUCCCUCAUGUUUAAUGGGACAUUACAUGGGUUCUUUGAAGCAAGGAGAGGGCUAAGACAAGGAGAUCCCAUGUCUCCUUUACCUUUUGUUCUAGGCAUGGAAUAUCUCUCAAGAAUUAUUGGGAAAGUGGGACAGAAACAAGACUUUAAAUUCCAUCACAAAUGUGCUGGAAUUAUAUUGAAUCAUCUUGCUUUUACAGGUGAUGUGCUUCUCUUCUGCAAUGGAGAUCUCAAAAGUAUUCUAUACAUGCUACAUGGCCGCAAGCUAUUCUCAAUAACUUCAGGCCUACAACAAAAUCCCUCCAAAUCAGUUAUCUACAACAGUAACAUGUCCAGAACAAAGCUAAACCAGAUUGUAAAAGCAUAUGGCUUUUUAGUUCAACACUUGCCUUUCACCUAUCUAGGAAUCCCCAUCUGCUCUAAAAGAAUUUCAGGGAAGGAAUGUGCCAUCCUAGUGGAUAAAAUGACAUCAAGAAUAAAGGUAUGGAGCUCCAAAAACUUAUCAUUUGCAGGGAGAGAAAUACUUGUUAAUUUUGUGCUUUUGAUCAUACACUCAUAUUGGAGUCAAAUCAUUAUUCUACCAAAGAAAGAGAUCCAUGGAAUAGAGGCUAUAUGCAGGAACUAUCUUUGGAAAGGUCGUGCCAUGUACCAAGGGCUAGGACCUGUGUCUUGGGAGUCUCUUUGCCAUUCAAAAUCGGCAUGGGGCAUUGGCUUUAAAGAGGUUUUAGCUUGGAAUAAAGCUGCAAUGGGGAAGUAUUUAUGGGCUUUGGCUAAUAAGGAGGAUAGCUUGUGUUUGAGAUGGAUAAAUAGUGUGUAUUUACACAAUGAGGACUGA